GACUUGAUUCCCCUGGGCUGCGAGCAGUUCACCUGCAGAGGAGGCUCCAGAAAGCAGCAUGUCCCCCUUGCUCUUUGGGGCUGGGCUGGUCGUUCUGAAUCUAGUGACGUCUGCCAGGAGCCAGAAGAUAGAACGUCUAAGUGGCUCUGGGGACCAGCCACUCUUCCGUGGAGCUGAUCGACAUGACUUUGCCAUCAUGAUCCCUCCAGGAGGCACGGAAUGCUUUUGGCAAUUUGCCCACCAGACUGGAUACUUCUAUUUCAGUUACGAGGUUCAGCGGACGGUGGGGAUGUCACAUGACCGGCAUGUUGCUGCCACGGCACAUAACCCACAGGGAUUUCUCAUAGACACCUCCCAGGAUGUUCGGGGCCAGAUUAACUUCUCUACCCAAGAAACAGGUUUUUAUCAGCUUUGUCUAAAUAAUCAGCAUAAUCACUUCGGUUCUGUGCAAGUGUACCUCAACUUUGGAGUCUUCUAUGAGGGGCCUGAGACUGAUCACAAACAGAAGGAAAGAAAACAACUGAACGAUACUCUGGAUGCAAUAGAGGACAGCACACAAAAGGUGCAGAACAAUAUCUUUCACAUGUGGCGAUACUACAACUUUGCCCGGAUGAGGAAAAUGGCUGACUUUUUCCUUACCCAUUCAAACUAUAACUACGUGAACUGGUGGUCGACAGCCCAGAGCCUCGUUAUUAUUCUUUCUGGAAUCCUGCAACUGUAUUUCUUGAAGCGUCUCUUCAAUGUGCCAACAACUACAGACACAAAGAAGCCAAGAUGCUAAGCUAAGGUGACUAUAGCACCCUGGCUCUUUUCUUCUGGGGCUUAGUCGAAAUCAGCUUUGUAAUGUUAUGGGACAAAAAUCAAUCUAUCUCAUUAAUGUUUUAGUCUGCUGUACACAUCUAAAAAAGCAAAAUGGCAAUAAAAUAAUAA